GGGGAGGGACUGUGGGUCAGAAUCACAGCCCGCUGAAGAGAGGGGGUGUAUGGAGCCAGGGAGAGAGGGUUUAGAGAUCAGCCAGCCAGGGACAGGGGCAGACAAAACCUGUAGGUUCCUGUGGAUGCCCUAGAAUUGGGCAGUUCCUUCUGAGUGAGGCAUGAAAGCAAUGAGUGCUGAGCUGACAACUAAUGUUGCAAUUUUAAAAACUUAAAAAUAAAUUUUCAAUUAGGCUGUGGAGCCUCAGAAGGGCUCACUCACAAAUGGGAUAUUACCAAGGUCAGCCAUCCGGAGGGAAGUCCCUAAGCACAUAGAACAUUAAGUGUACACCCCCCACGCAGCAAGUCCACUCUCGCUGAGAUGGAAGGAAAUGCGUAGGAGGAAGUCCUCACUGGUAACAUUGUAUCCGCAGCAACCAGGCUGCUCAGCACCAGGGUUUAUUAACGACAGUGUAGUUUAAACAAUGCUGACCUGUUGGAAGUAAUGGAAGAGGUUCAUAUGCACACAUGGAUAAAAUUAAAUGUUUAAGCCUGACAAAAAAUAAAAAACCAGAUGAGGCCUAAAGAGGAAAAAUUAUUUACUUAAAAGAUGCAAACACACUAUGAAUUCUUUAAGUAUCUGUAGAGAUGAUUUGAAAGUCAGAGUGAAACCACAUUAUUUACACUUGAGUUGGUGACUCAGAGAUGGAGGGAAACAUGAUCUGAAAUGGUUAUAAAGAAAAAAAUAUAAAAGAGAGGCCUUUAGGUGGCUAAUGAUGACAGUGUUAAUAAGUGUGAGUAAACUCUGCUUCUGGGUCCUAGGAAACACCGACAGAAAAUGCCACAAGUGCUCUGCUGGCAUGGCUGGAAGGCAAGCGGCUACAGCCUCUUGCAGCCAGAGGGACACCUCCCUUCAACCCACACCCCUGGUGUUUAGGAUUCCCAGCAGCCCUGUUACCUCUCUAACAUCGUGAGCAGCUUUAGAAAGCAGGAUCAGGACAGUCACAGGCCUCCACCUGAGAUGCCCAGGUGUGUCAGAGAGGCAGGAAGGCUUUGGGGUCUGAGGACAGUGUGGGACAGUGGCAGACACUCCUGAGAUGGCCUCUUCCAGCUGGGAAAUGACUCAGAGCCUCCAUGGGAGUUCGGCCAUCACGGUGCCCACUGGGUAGGUUGGGUGGCAUUGCUGACCUGCCAGGACACACCUCCCACCCACUGGGUCAGCUGCGAGAACCCAGGGUAGAGAAGCCAAGGAGCAGACAGGUCGCAAGCUCUUAUUUGAAUGCAGUGGCUCUGCCCCUGUGAAAGUUUUGGGAGAUGUAAGGCCGCUUCGGGGAGCCCAGGCUCCACAGCAGAGCAUCAGGAAGCAGAGUCACAUCUGAACCAUACCCUGGGCUCCUGUCCUGACCCUCCUCACUCACUGCACAGGGGAGGGGAGACUUCACCUGGGGGCAGGGGAUCCACACGUGGCUCUGCUCCAUACACCCCCUCUCCUCAGUGGGCUGUGAUUCUGACCCACAGUCCCUCCCCUCUGUCCUGUUUAGGGUCUGUGGCUCAGGCACGGCCAGCUCAGCCACCCUCAGCAUCCGAGGGUUCUGAACAAAAGCCACCGUUGUCUGCAGUGAGGACAGCAGCAACAUUGGCAGUGUUGACAGCCGGGGCCAACAUUACACAAUCUUCACAUGUACACCCUGUGAGCAUUUUCUGUCAUUCUGUGCUUUGUAAGUCAUUUUCUUAAAGGGGACUUUUGCUAUGCCAGCUAGUUUCAAUAUUUAUGUAGACCAAUGUUUUUUUCUCAAGAUUAGUAUUUUUGUGUCCUAAAACAACUACACACACACACGCACACACACAUAUUCACACACUCUAUAUCAUAUAUAUGUUAUUUAGGGUAUAAAGAUGUUAUUUCGUAUUUUUCUGGAAUCUCUAUAUUUUUUCAUUUUAUAUGAAGAGUGUGAGUCAAAUCAUUUUUGAAUUUGGGAUAAUGCAGGGACCAAUUUUUACUGCACUGAAGGCACUGCAGACCUGAAGCCGUUAAAGAGAUGGGAGUAGUUGCUGUAGUUUGUACAGCAGGGCCUGAGUUUUGGUGAGGAAGGGUGGGAGCAGUGACGCACCCACUCAGAGCUGGUGCAGCCACUGUCCCUUCUCAGCCAGGCAUGAGGCCAGGCUGCUCUGAUCAAUAGGCAGUGAGACCCUGGGAGCUUGCAGACUUCACUCCUUGAGCCGUCCAAGCACCAGCCCUGCAGGCCACUUUUUCAGUUAAUGAAUCCUAUUAACUGCCCAGCAGCCCAGUUUGGUCAGUUGGGAGGUGAAUCUAAUUCUAAGGGCAACUGUCACAUGGGCACUUGGUUUGGAAUGUCCUGGGUUCUGAGUCAGUUGAAAGUCAAGAAGGCUACUGGUCAUUCGGGGCGGUCACCUGACCACAGGGAAGCCUCCCCACAAGGCAGCUACAGAGUCAAGUGCUAGGGCAAAUAGACAUAAAUUUGGACCCCUGGGCCUUCGGCAGGGCUGCUUCUGGGGAAAGUCAUUGCAUUUUGGGUCAGGGGUUGAAAUGUAAAGCUGGGAGUUGAAUCAAGAUUUGGGCCCUUCUCUUGGGUCAAGCAACUUCUCCAGGCAUCAAUGUCUCCCUGCAGCAGGCGCAGGGGUGGGAGGAUUUGGGAAAGGAGUGAGGAGGGUCCGUGCUUUGGAGUCCAGGGCAUGGACUCCUGGUCUCAGGCGCUCAGGAGUCUCCAUCUCCAGGGAACCAACUAAAUUCCCUGCCUUAGCUUCAUUACUCCUCAGUGUUGUUACUACUCUGAGCAAGUCCCUGAAUCUCUCUAAAUUUCAGUGCCCUGAAUCAUAAAAGUCUCAACCCCUACUCUGCCCAGCCCACAUCACUUACUUAUAACAGAUUUUUUUCCAUGAGCUGUAAAGCAUUAUGCCCAUGCCAUGUGGAAAAGUGGGGCCCUAUCCUCCCCGGCCUUCCAUGUCACCUCUCAUGGACCUGUCCUGAUGCUGCACGUCUUUAUCCUUCCAGAUAUGUAGUCAUUGAACUUAUGUGGGCAGCACUUAGGAAAUGCCCAUCAUUUUUCUUUGGGCUGUGUAUUGAUCUUUAGCCUCAUAGCAUGAUAGUAAUAAGCAGGCCCUAGUAACGUGUUCACAUCCCAGAACAGGGAGCUGAGGACAGAGGGGCUGAGUGACAUUCCCAGGCACACGUGGCUUUGAUUUCAGGCCAUCAGACACCAGCACUCAUGCUCCAGUCACUGUGUUGUGCUGACUGUCCACAUUGUAUCAUCUGAAGAAAGCCACUGUUCCCACACAGUCCAUCUGUAGGGUAUUUUAUGCACCCCAAACUGCAGGAUCCCAGUUCGUAUGCCCACUUUCAUUCAGGUGGCUCCACUACACAGCUAAUGAGAAAGAGAUGCAAAAUUUGCAAUACCUUUUUCUCUCUUAUACAUGCAUUUGGACAAAGAGAAAAAUAUAAUAGAUUCAAAUAAAAAAUGUACAGGGGGAUGGAUCCUUGGAGAAGAAAAUGUAGCCCCUGGUCCCCAGCUGUUCAAUGCUUCAAAAUAGGCUCUGGGCAAAGAACAAGGUUAAGCCUCAAAUAGCAUCGUAUACACCCCACUCCAUUAAAAUCACUGUGGGAAUUGAAUCAUGGAGUUGAGUCAUCAGUAAUGAUUGCAGGUUAUUCAGUGCACCAUAUUUACAGACAAUAGAUAAGUUUUAGGUCGUAUUCUUCUGUAUCAAAAUAGAAUUCACAGUCCAUAAAUUACCUGUUUGAAGGAUAAAAUUCCAUGGUUUUUAGUAUAUUUUGGUCUUGCCAUCAUCCCCACUACCUAAUUUCCGUUCAUUUUCAUCAUCCUGAAAAGAAACCCCCUGCUCAUACCAGCCAACCCCAUUCUCUCCACCCGCCAUGCCCUGGGAACCUCUAAUCUGCUUUCUCUGAAAAAUUUUUUUUUUGUUUGUUUUUUUGAGGCAGAGUUUCGCUCUUGUUGCCCAGGCUGGAGUGCAGUGGCGUGAUCUCGGCUCACGACAACCUCCGCCUCCCGGGUUCAAACAAUUCUCCUGCCUCAGCCUCUCAAGUAGCUGGAAUUACAGGCAUGCGCCACCACGCCCAGCUAAUUUUUGUAUUUUUAGUAGAGACGGGGUUUCACUGUGUUAGCCAGGGUGGUCUCGAUCUUCUGACCUCGUGAUCUGCACACCUCGGCCUCCCAAAGUGCUGGGAUUACAGGCGUGAGCCACCACGCCCAGCCUUCUCUGGAUUGUUUUAUCCUGGACAUUUCAUACACAUAGAAUCAUACGAUAGGCUGCCUUUUGUGUCUUCUUUCAGUAAGCAGAAUGUAUUCAUGUGCCUUCGUGUUGUGACAUGUAUCCGUACCUCACCUGUUUAUGGCUGAGUAACAUCCAUUGUGUGAAUAUAACUCAUUUUUCAUUUAUCAGUUGAUGGACAGAUGGGUUAUUUCCAUUUAUUGGCUACUAUGAAUAGUGCCACUUGAAAUAUUCAUGUUCAAGUUUUUGUGUGAACAUAUCUUUUAUUUCUCCUGGGUGUACACCUAGGAGUGGAAUUGCUAGGCCAUAUUGUAAACCUGUGCAUAACUGUCUGAGGAACUGCCAAAUCUUUUGUAUUUGUACAAGCAAUGUAGGAAGGUCUCAAUUUCCCCACAUUAUUGCCAACACUUGUUUGUUUUUUCCAAAAAAUCAGAAAGCAUUUAUUACACUGAAAUGCGUACAUUUCUAUGCCACUCAGUAUAAUUUCAAGUUUGAUCAGCAUCUAAGUAUUUUUACCCCACUUCUAACACCUGAUGAGGAAAUCAAAAUAAGCACACAGCAUUAAAUGACAUUUAUUGUUUCAUAAAUCUUGAGACCCGAAAAGGAAUGGUAAAUCGACAAGCAAAACUUUUAAAACAAGAGAUAAGGGCCAGGCACUGUGGCUUAUACCUGUAAUCUCAGCACUUUGGGAGGUCAAGGUGGGCGAAUCACCUGAGGUCAGGAGCUCAAGACCAGCCUGGCCAACACGGUGAAACCCCGUCUCUACAAAAAUUAGCUGGGCAUGAUGGCAGGUACCUGUAAUCCCAGCUACCUGGGAGGCUGAGGCAGGAGAAUCUCUUGAAGCCUGGAGGCGGAAGUUGUGGUGAGCUGAGAUCUCACUACUGCACUACAGCCUGGGCGACAAGAGCCAGACUCCAUCUCAGAAAAAAAAAAAAAAAAAAAAAGAUAAGCUCACUUCUUUCUCCAGUGAGUGGCAUAGAAAACAUGUAGUCACAUGAGAGCAAUGGGAAAAAGUUAGAAAGUUCUCUGCCUAUAAGGUCUAUAGGAGUUACAGAUAUUUUCAAAUCGAAGAUGAAAAUAGACCGUGCUUCUUUGUAGCAAAUAAUUAACCCCCUUUAUGAAUAAAACAUAAAAUGUCAAAGCUUUUACCCUCUGAGGUGGUUUGUCUUCUGGGAGAGAUUUCAAACUCAAAAUUACUCAUUUCCUAUUUUUGCCUGAACAAAGAUGAGGAUCAAAUAGUACAUUCAAACCUGGGUAAAUGAACACAGAUGCUACAAUUAAAAUGAAGCUUAACUAAAAAAAAAUUUGGGCUGGGCAUGGUGGCUCAUGCCUGUAAUCCCAGCACUUUGGGAGGCUGAGGUGGGCAAAUCACAAGGUCAAGAGAUCAAGACCAGCCUGGCCAACAUGGUGAAACCCUGUCUCUACUGAAAAUACAAAAAUUAGCUGGGCAUGGUGGUGCAUGCCUGUAGUCCCAGCUACUCAGGAGGCUGAGGCGGAGAAUUGCUUGAACCUGGGAGGGGGAGGUUGUAGUGAGCCGAGAUCAUGCCAUUACACUACAGCCUGACGACAGAGCGAGACUCCGUCUCAAAAACAAACAAAAAAAAUCAGAAUUAUUGUAAUUUUUAUUUGUGACUCCACUUUUCCUUUUCUGCAGGGCUAGACUAAAUUCAUUUAAAAUAAUUAUAAAUCUAUUUUGGUGGAUACACAACAUGUAAAGUUGUAAUUUGUGAUAUGAGUAACGUAAAAUGGACAGGCACAAAGCUGCAUAAGAGUGAAGUUUUAGUAUGUGAUUUAAGUUAAGUUGAUACUAAUUCAAAUUAGAUUGUGAUAACUUCAGGAUAUUAUAUGUAAUCUCCAUGAAAAUCACAAAGAAAAUACGUAAAGAAUAUAGAUGAAAUGAGAAAGGAAUCAAAUAGUGUAAGUAUUUUAAAAGUCAGUCAUGGAAGGACCAGAAAAUUCAUAGAUAAUGUGGAAAUUAAACAACACACUGUUAAAAGCCCAAUAAGUCAAAGAUGAAAUCCCAAGGGAAAUUAGAAAAUGUCCUGAGAAAAAUGAAAAUGGAAACACAACAUACCCAAACUUCCGGCAGGCAGCCAAAGCAGUACUAAGAGGUAGAUGCAUAGUGAUAAUUGCUGACAUUAAAAAUGAAGAAACAUUUCAAAUCAACAACUUUAUACCUUACAUAACUAGAAAAAGAAGGGCAAACUAAACUGAAGCUAGCAGAAUGAAGGCAAUGAUAAAGCUUAAAGCAGAGAUAAACAAUUGAAAACCAAUAAAAAUAGGUAAAUUAGAUAACAAAAAGGACAUUACUAAUAGAGUGAGAAGGCAACCUAUGGAAUGGGAGAAAAUAUUUGCAAACCAUAUAUCUGAUAAGGGGUUAAUAUCCAGAAUAUGUAAAGAAAUCCCAGAUGGGCACAGUGGCUCAUGCCUGUAAUCCCAGCACUUUGGGAGGCUGAGGCAGGUGGAUCACCUGAGGUCAGGUGUUUGAGACCAGCCUGGUGAACAUGGUGAAACCCUGACCCUUCUAAAAAUACAAAAAUUAAGCCAGGCAUGGUGGCUGGCGCCUGUAAUCCCAGCAUUUUGGGAGGCUGAGGCGGGCAGAUCGCUUGAGCCCAGGAGUUGGAGACCAGCCUGGGCAACACGGCAAAACCCAUCUCUAGUUUUUUUUAAAAAAGGAAAAAAAAUCAAAGAGGAGAAAACACUUCCUAACUCAUUAUAUAAGGCCCUCCUUACCCUGAUGCCAAAAAGAGACAAAGAUGCUACAAGAACAUAAAACUACAGUAUCCUUUAUCAAUAUUAAUUCAAAAAUCAAUGAAAUACUAGCAAACCUUAUACCAUAAUGAAUGGAUUAUAUAGCAGGAGCACAUGGAAUUUUUUCUCAGAAUGGAAGGAUCGUUCAACAUAGGAAAAUCAGUCAAAGUAAUACACCACAUUAAUAGAAUGAAGGAGAAAAAAGCACAUGGUAGAGAAAAAGCUUUGACAAAACUCAACUCAUUUUUGAUAAAAACAAGGAAUGGCCGAAAACUCCCUUAACAUAAAAAAGACAUAGAUGACAAACCCACAGCUAACACCAUACUCAAUGCUGAAAAACUCAAAGCUUUUCCCCUAAGGCUAUAAACUAGACAAUGAUAUUGGCUUUCAUGACCUUAAUAAAUUAUUGUGGUAAGAAAACCCAUGAGACAUACCCUCCUAACUACUUUUUGUUUUCGUGGGGGUAUUUUUUGUUUUUUGUUUUUUGUUUUUUGUUUUUUGUUUUGAGACAGAAUCUCGCUGUGUUGCCCAGGCUGGAGUGCAGUGGUGCGAUAUCGGUUCACCACAACCACUGCCUUUGGGUUCAAGCAAUUCUCCUGCCUCAGCCUCUCGAGUAGCUGGGAUUGCAAGCACCAGCCACCAUGCCUGGCUAAUUUUUGUAUUUUUAGUAGAGACAGGGUUUCACCAUGUUGGCCAGGCUGGUCUGAAACUCCUGACCUCAGGUAAUCCGCCCACCUCGGCCUCCCAAAGUGUUGGGAUUACAGGAGUGAGCCACCGUGCCCAGCCUACUUUUUUUUUUUUAAGUGUAGAGAAUAGUACUGUUAAUUAUAGAUAUGUUGGUAUACAGCAGAUCUCUGGCACUUAAUUCAUCUUGCUUAACUGAAACUUCAUGCCUGCUUAUUAGAUAUUUUCCCUUUCCCCCAGUCCCUGGCAACCACCAAUCCACUCAUUGAUUCUAUGUAUUUGAUCAUCUUAGAUACCUAAUAUAAUUGGAAUUAUGCAGUAUUUGUCCUUCUGUAACUGGCUUACUUCACCUAGGGUAAUGUCCUCAAGGUUCAUCCACGUUGUCGCAUAUUGCAGAAUUUCUUGAUUUUAAAAAGCUGAAUAAUAUUCUGUUGGAUGUGUAUACCAUGUUGUCUUUAUGCAUCCACUGAGAACAUUAGGUUUUUUCUGUAUCUUAACUAUUGUGAAUAGAAUUUAUGAACAUGGAAGUGCAGGUAUCUGAGAUGCUGAUUUCAAUUUUGGAUAAAUACCCAGAAAUAGAAUUGCUAGAUCAUUUUGUAGUUCUAUUUUUAACUUUUUAAAGAAGCUCCAUACUGUUUUACAUAGCAGCUGCACCAUUUUGCAUCCUCACCAGCAGCAUAAAAGGGUUCCAAUUUCUCCAUAUUUUUGCCAGCACUUGUUAUCUUUUUUUUUUUUUUUUUAAAGGCAAUCCUGACAGGUGUGGGGUGAUAUUUCAUUGUGGGGUUUUGUUUGCAUUUUCCUGAUAAUUAGUGAAUGUUGAGUAUUUUUCAUAUACCUGUUGGCUAUUUAUAUGCUGUUUUGGAAGAAGUCUUUAGCUCAUUUUUAAUUGGUUGGUUUAUUUUUGCUAUUGAUUUGUAGGAGUUUCUUACAUAUGUUGGAAAUUAACCCCACUUUUUCUAUUUAGUAUAGUAUUGGAAGUCCCAGCCAGAGUAAUUAGGUAAGAAAUAGAAAUAAUUCAGCUGGGCGCGGUGGCUCACGCCUGUAAUCCCAGCACUUUGGGAGGCCGAGGCGGGCGGAUCACGAGGUCAGGAGAUUGGGACCACGGUGAAACCCUGUCUCUACUAAAAAUACAAAAAAUUAGCCAGGCGCGGCCGGGCACGGUGGCUCACGCCUGUAAUCUCAGCACUUUGGGAGGCCAAGGUGGGUGGAUCACUUAAGAUCAGGAGUUCGAGACUAGCCUGAUCAACAUGGUGAAACCCCAUCUCUAGUAAAAAAAAAAAAAAAAAAAAAAAAAAAAAAAUUAGCUAGGCUUGGUGGCUCAAGCCUGUAAUCCCAGCUACUUGGGAGGCUGAGGCAGGAGAAUCACUUGAACCCAGGAGGCAGAGGUUGCAGUGAGCUUAGAUCACACCAUUGCACUUCAGCCUGGGCCACAAGAGCGAAACUCCAUCUCAAAAAAAAAAAAAAAUAUGUAUUCAAGAUAACAUAAUCUUAUAUGUCAAAAUUUUUAAUUUCCACCAAAAAAACACAGCGCUAAUAAAGGAAUUCAUCAAAAUUGUUGUGUACAAUUCAAUACACAAAAAUCAGUUGGAAUUCUAUAAACAAGCAGUGAACAAUUCAAAAGGAAAUUAAGAAAAAUUAUGUUUACAUUAACAUCAAAGAGAAGAAAAUACUUAAGAAUUAGCUUAACCAAGGAGAUGAAACGUGUAUAAACUGAAAACUACAAACAUUGCUGAAGGAAAUGAAAGAGAACGUAAAUAAAUGGAAAGGCAACACGUUUAUGGUUUGGAAGACUGACUAUUGUUAAAACGACAGUGCUGUACUACCUAAAGUGAUCUCUAGAUUCAAUGCAAUGCCCAUCCAAAUCCCAACAGUGCUUUCUGCAGAAAUAGAAAAACCCAUCCAAAAACUAAUAUACAGUCACCAGGGACCCCGAAUAGACAAAACAAUCUUUAAAAAGAUGACCAAAGAUUUAUACUUCCUAAUUUCUUCAAAACUACAGUAAUCAAGACAAUAUGGGACUUUUGUAAGGAAAGAAAUAUAGACCAAUGUAAUAGAAUUGAGAACCUAGAGAUAAACCCUAACAUACAUGGUCAAAUGAUUUUCCACAGGAUGCCAAGACCAUUCAAGACAGAAAGAAUAGUCUUUUUCAGCAAACGGUGCUGGGUAAACAGGAUAUCCACAUGGAAAAGAAUGAAGAUGGUACAUUGCCUAACACCAUAUAACCAUAACUCAAAAUGGAUCAGAGAUGUAAGUGUAAGAGCUAAAAACUCUACAACUCUUAGAAGAAAAGAUGGGGGACAAGUUUCAUGACAUUGGAUUUGGCAAUAAUUUCUUGACUGUGGCACUAAAAGCACAGGCAACAAAAGAAAAAAUAAAUUGGACUUCAUCAAAAUUUAAACCUUUUGUGUAUAAAAGGACUUUACUAAGUGAGUUAAAAGACAAUACACAGAAUGGGAUAAAAUACUUUAUCAGAGACACUACAUCUGGAAACUGCAAAUCAUGAAAGGACUGAGAAUGUUUGAGGGUCAGGUAAAAUUAUGGUUAAAAUAUGGUUAAAGGCUGGGUACGGUGGCUCACUCCUGUAAUCCCAGCACUUUGGGAGGGCGAGGUGGGUGGAUCACGAGGUCAGGAGUUCUAGACCAGCCUGGCCAAUAUGGUGAAACCCCAUCUCUACUAAAAAUACAAAAAUUAGCUGGGCGUGGUGGUGGGUGCCUGUAAUCCUAACUACCUGGGAGGCUGACACAGGAGAAUCACUUGAACCCGGGAGUUGGAGGUUGCAGUGAGCCAAGAUCACGCCACUGCACUCCAGCCUGGGCAACAGAGCAAGGCUCCGUCUCAAAAAAAAAAAAAAAAAAAAAGGGUAAAAUGAGGGAAGAGCAGUGGGAGAUGGAGGUGGGUGUUUGGGUGUAAGUAGGGUUUGAUUGUGAAGGCUUUGUGUGUGUCCUGGACUAAAAUAUGUGCCCUUUAUCCUCCUGGACAUGAGCAGUCGACUUUUUUUUUUUUGAGAUGGUGUCUCGCUCUGUCAUCCAGGCUGGAGUUCAAGGGCGCUAUCUUGGCUCACUGCAAGCUCCGCCUCCCGAGUUCACACCAUUCUCCUGCCUCAUCCUCCCGAGUAGCUGGGUCUACAGGCGCCCACCACCACACCCGGCUAAUUUUUUUGUUUUUUGGGGGUUUUUUUUAGUAGAGACUGGGUUUCACUGUGUUAGCCAGAAUGGUCUCGAUCUCCUGACCUCGUGAUCUGCCCGCCUCAGCCUCCCAAAGUGCUGGGAUUACAGGCGUGAGCCACCGCGCCCGGCCGAGCAGUCAACUUCUUAACCCAUUAGUAAAUUGCAGGCAGUGGUGAAUCGUGAUUGGACUCCUGCUUUAGAAACCUCCACACAGUCUCGCGCCUGCAGCCCGUCCCGCGCCAGCCGCUGCGGCCUGCACCGGACCCAGAGCCGCCAUGCCCAAGUGCCCCGCGUGCGACAAGGUGUACUUCGCCGAGAGGGUGACCUCUCUAGGCAAGGACUGGCAUCGGCCCUGCCUGAAGUGUGAGAAAUGUGGGAAGACGCUGACUUCCGGGGGCCACGCUGAGCAUGAAGGCAAACCCUACGGCAACCACCCCUGCUACGCCGCCAUGUUUGGGCCUAAAGGCUUUGGGCGGGGUGGACCCGAGAGCCAUACUUUCAAGUAAACUUGGGUGGGGGAGACUCCAUUCUUGGCCGCUUCCUGGGCCACUGUCCAGGCAAAUGCCAGGCCUCGCCCCCAGAUGCCCAGGGCUCCCUUGUAGCCCCUAAUGCUGUCAAUAAACCUGAACACUUGGGAGAAAAAAAAAACAACUCCACACAAACAGCUGAGUGGAGAAUGGACUUGAGUGGCAGAUCUAGUGAAAGAUAAAGAAAAUUCACAGGAGACCUUGUGGGGCUCUAGGAAGGAGAUUGAGACAGAGGUGGGGUUUCUGGGUGGAGAUGAAAGGUUUGAGGGAAGAUUAGAGGUGAAGCCUGCGGAGAGGCAAGCAUUAAGAGCAACCCUAAGACUUCAAGCCCCAGAGCCUGAUCUGAGUGCAUGAGGCCACGAUUGAUGGAAGGAAAUUUAGAGCAGGACCAGAUGAUGUGGGCAACAGGGAGAACCAGGAGUUCACUUUGGAAUGGGAUGUCUUUGGUGCAUUCAGGACUCUGUGUCAAGAUGUCUAACAGGCAGUGGGAGAGUGGGAUGUGCAGACUGGUCAGGAGUGAAAUCUGGGCCAGGCAAUCCUAGCACUUUGGGAGGCCGCGGCGGGCGGAUCACUUGAGGUCAGGAGUUCAAAACCAGCCAGGCCAACGUGGUGAAACCCCGUCUUUACUAAAAAUACAAAAUUUAGUGAGGUGUGGUGACGGGUGCCUGUAAUCCCCGCUACUCAGGAGGCUGAGCCAGGAGAAUCACUUGUACCUGGGAAGUGGAGGUUGCAGUGAGCCGAGAUUGUGCCACUGCACUCCUGCCUGGGUGACAGAGCAAGACUGUCUCCAAAAAAAAAAAAAAAGGAGAUCUGGGCUGGAGUUAUCCAUGUGGGAAUCCUUCUCUUCAGGAACACGGUUUGAGCACCUGCCCUGUACCGGUCACUGGGUGUGGUGUCAGGGAUGCCUCUGUGAAUGAGAUGCCAUGGGCUCAUCACCAGGAAGGGGGCACACAAGCACUGGGCAUCUCCUGUGAAAGUACUGUGCUAAAUGGCCCCAAGCAGUGGUCAAAGAGCCCCACAUCCAGUCUGGGCACUUCAGGAAGCAUCCCUGAGGAAGAGCCACGUGAGUGGAGACUUGGGGAAUUGGCAGGGGUCAGCCAGGCACAGACAGAUGAGAAAGAUGCCUGAGGAAAAAAAAACAUGUGCAGAGGCCAGACUGAGAGAGCGCAGGCCCUGCAGGCACAUAGAGACAUUCAGUGCGGCUGAAGCACAGGGACCGGGGACCUGGAGUGGAGGUUGGCCACAGAGAUGGGGCUGGAGGAACGGACGAAAACUUGAUGAGCCAGGCAAGUGGAGGGUUGGGACUUCACCCAGUGGACCCUUGCAUCCAAAGUCUUAUAUGUUUUUCUUUUUUUUUUUUUUUGAGAUGGAAUCUUGCUCUGUUGCCCAGGCUGGAGUGGAGUGGUGCAAUCUUGGCUCACUACAACUUCCGCCUCCCAGGUUCAAGCAAUUCUCCUGCCUCAGCCUCCCAAGUAGCUGGGACUACAGGUGUCUGCCACAACGCCUGGCUAGUUUUUGUAUUUUUAGUAGAGAUGGGGGUUUCACCAUAUCGGCCAGGGUGGUCUCGAACUCCUGACCUUGUGAUUCACCAGCUUUGGCCUUCCAAAGUGCUGGGGUUACAGGCAUAAGCCACUGCACCCGGCCUUAUAUUUUUCUUAAUUCUGGAAAGUUCUCAGUUGCUUUUCUUUCUCUCUCAAAGACUUCGGUUCCAUGAAGCGGAGUUAAUCACACUCCUUAGUUCAUGGUGUUCUGCCAUCUGCAGACUGCCCAAGACCGUCUCUUAUGUUCUUUAUCUACUUUUCCCAUCCCAUUCCUCCUUCCUUCCCCAACACAUCAUUAAAUACAUAUGGCUCCUGGGGAAUAUACGGUGAUGUUUUAUGCAUAUGCAUGUGUAUAAAAUUUACAUAAAUGCAAUGGGACUUAGUCUUUAAUCUUCCCCCUCACCCAUUUUGGCUCUGUUUUUUGUUUUUUUUUUGUUUUUUUUUUUUUUUCCUUUUUUUUGGAGACAGAGUCUGGCUCGGUCACCUAGGCUGGAGUGCAGUGGCGCGAUCUCAGCUCACUGCAAACUCCAUUUGGCUCUAUUUUUAAAGCUCUUCGUUUCUUCUUGAGAUGUAGUCUCACUCUUACUGUCCAGGCUGGAGUGCAAUGGUUGGUCUCAGCUCACUGCAACCUCCGCCUCCUUGGUUCAAGCGAUUCUCCUGCCUCAGCCUCCCGAGUAGCUGGGGAUUACAGGUGCCCACCACCACGCCUGGCUAAUUUUUGUAUUUUUAGUAGAGAUGGGGUUUCACCAUGUUGGCCAGGCUGGUCUUGAACUCCUGACCUCAGGUGAUCCACCCACCUCGGCCUCCCAAAGUGCUCGGAUUACAGGCAUAAGCCACCGCUCCUGUCCAAAGCUCUUCGUUUCUAUGUGCACACCCAAUUCAUGACAUCUGGCUGCUGCUCACAUACUCCUGUAAUCAUGGACACCUAGGUUGCUUCCAACUCCCAAGCACUACAAAGGAGCAGCACGAGGGAACUCAAGAGUUGACGGAACUGUCCUGUACCUUAACUGUAGUGGUGGAUACAUGACUGUAUGCAUUUGUCAAAACUCAUAGAUCUAUACAUCUAAAAUAUUGAAUUUCACUGUAUGUAACUUUAAAAAUUCAAUGAAAAUACGGUGGUGGUGAACAUCCCUUCAACUUCCUUCUUAUAGAUGAGAAUUUCUCUAAUUCAGGGUUUCCUGGCACUACUGACAUUUUGAGCUGUAGAGUUCUUUGUGGUGGGAGGGCUGUUCUAUGCAUGGCAGGAUGGUGAGCUGCAUCCCUGGCCUCUACCCACUAGACACCACUAGCAUCUCCCCACCCAAGUUGUGAACCAAAAAUGUGUCCAUACAUUGUCAAAUGCACUCCGAGAUCAAAACAGUCUUUUGGAAGCCACUACCCCACCCUCUUGUGUACCAGGAUAUCUAGGUACAUAUUUACAUAAAUAUGAGUUUACAUCAUAAAUUUGUGUCAAAGCAGGCACAGAGCUCAGUUUUCCUGUUUAUCAGUAUAGUUAUUGUGAAGCAUGCUACACUACAACAGAAGAACGUAGUAAUACGUGAAUGCAUCAGUUAAUCACCAAAUAACCACCCAUAUAAUCACAGCCCAGGCCAAGAAGCCUCUCCCAUGACCUACCUUCUGUUUCAUUCUCUCCUUAAGCAGUGUCAAACAUGCUGCUAUACCCAUCCUGAGUUAUUUGUUAUGUUUUUCAGUUUUGGAAUCUCCAAACUGGUUCUUUUCUACAGUUUGCUCAACAUUUAAAUUUUACCUCUUGGAAUACUGUUGAUAACUCACAUGACUUGAGCACCUAUGGUUCUAUUUCUGUUGUCUUGUUUCCUCGGCUUUGUCUUAUUGUCCUCUUAUAUUGGUUGCUGUUGAACAAGUACCAUAUAUUGCAUGGAAAUAUUAGAUUGAUGACAAAGAUGUUAGUAUCCUGCAGAGAGACUGUUUGCUUCUGGCUGAUGACUGUGGGGUAUUAACGAUCCAGGUGGUUUAAAGGUGGGUUCUGUACUGGGAAGUCUUAUCUUUGUCAAGCUCCUUACUACACCGUAUCCCUGAGGGUCUCAAACCAGAGUGUGCAAGUUACCUACAACCCUCCAUGCUGCUACUGGACUUCAGUAUUUUUUUCAAACAGACUCACAAAUAUGUCAAAACAAACCUGACUUCUCACUCAGUGGCUCCUUCCAGAAUCUGUGGCAUAAGAAGCAGUCCCAAAUACCAGGGUCAUAUUCCUGAUUUCCUUCUGCCAGAUAUUGGCACUGUUUUCUCUGCUUUCCCAUCCCUUUUGUUAAAUAUAGUGAACCCCAAGUUUCUCUUCAAAGAAUCAGUAUGUCACUGUGUUCAGCUCUCUUAGAUUCUCCAUUUUAAAGUUUAACUUCCUGGUUCCCUUUGCCCACUUGCUUCUAGUUUUGGUAAACAACUUUCACACCAGUCUUAAUCAGUAGUUGGCGUCUGUUCCCCUGGUCACCUGCUCUAUCCUGACUCACCCCUGGUAAACUUGCUCUUACCUCAGUCGCCUUUAGUUACCUGUUCUAACCUUCCUUUCUGCCAAACUACUCACCCCACCACUCCAGCUUGUACUCCUGCUUUUUUUAAAAAACAGCCAAUCAGAAUUAGCUUAGACUGUGUGGUCCAACCGUAACCAAUAAGGGAAUGACACAGCAGUAGGGGCCACCUGCAUGAGGAAUAAGAACUCCUUCUCUUCCCCUGUCCAGGUGUGCUCUCACCAUUGUUCCAUCUGCAAUGAGCACUGUUUCUGCAGAAAAUAAAAACUGCCUUGCUGAGAAAAUUAAUGUUUGAGUGCUAUUCCUUUGCAGCACCAGGGAACAAGCAUUUUGUUUCUAACACUUUGAUGCUGUUCAACUUUCUAAUAUUUUCUUCAGCUUUGAGCUGUACUCAGUGCAAAGAUCAAUAUGUUGUUUAUUUGUUAUUGCCAGAGUCAAGUUCAUUUUUUGAAUUAUUGUAUUGCUACAUCAUAGACUAAAUGGAUUUCUUAUGGAUUUUUUUUUUUUUUUUU